CAACUCAUUCAGAUCUGGAGUGCAAAGUGUAUUUAGGGUAAUCCAAUCCACUCCAUGUUUUCCUCUAGUUUUUAUCCAAGUAACCGCUAUCUCAUUCUCAGACGGAUUCAAGGAAAGGGAAAGGGAUAAAAUUAGAAGAAAGACGUCUCGACAACGAAAAGGACUUGCUAUAAAAACCCCAGCUGAUGCGAUGCUUUAAUUUAUUUUUUUUGCGACGUGAUUAACGGACUCAAUUGAGGAGACGCUGCGUCUACAAUCUUACACCUCAUUUUAGCUGAGGUUAAAGAACCUUUGCCAAUACCAUGAUGUGAUGUUUACAGAGAGCUUAAGUAUUUAAAAAAAAUAAAAUGGGAUAUCAAAUGCGUGGAAUCGAGUACGUGUCGUUGAUCCCAUUUUAUUUGAUUUUUUGCGUUUUUCCACUUUUUGUUUUGAUUCCGCUCGGGCGAUGUUUGUGCGUUUAAAACGUACAGCGCUGUUCAGUCGUGCAUUCGGAAUAGACAUCAUAAAAAUGACUUCUGUAGUAUGCAAUCGGGGGUGGUAGCUGUUAAUUACAGUAUCAUCUUUACUAAAAUGAUUUCUCUCUUGAAAUCUUGCCAGGCGGCGAAAACGGACUGCUCCGUCCAUCUGUACGUUUCGUAAAUUUUGCAAUAUUGCAUGCCUGCCCUUUUAUAUACCACAACGACUGUUAGAAUUGUUUUGACAAGACGAAUGAAUCCCAGAUCAACAACGAAUCGCUGAGACUUGGCUUCGCAGAAUCCUCCACCAUAAAAGACAGUAUUCCGCGGAAUGGCUCGAGUUUGAUUAGUAAAUGUUACUCUAGUGAUCCUUCUUUGCUUAUACCAAAGUUACCCAAAAAAGGACAGCAUCUGUAUUUGUGUUUUAAAAAAAAAACCGUCUCUGGGGUUCCUCAUCUCUACGACAACUUUAAUGGCUUUGGUUCCGAGAAGAUGGAGAAUGUUAUUGGUGCUGAAUUUGUUAGCAGUGGUCGGGUUUAUGACUUUUUGGGUCAAAUGUAAUUCGAGGGCGGUACAAGACAUCGACCAGGACACCUCAGCGCAUCUGAAUAGGAACCAUCACUACGACCUUACAGCUCAUGGUUCAAGCAUCAGCCACGAAAUCCUAUUGAAGAGACUGGGGUCCUUAGAGGAAGUGGUCUAUAGGCAGCUAAAUGGUUUGUCAAAGUCUCUUGGGCUUAUUGAAGGCAAUGGGGGGCUGGGAAAAGGUGGUCUGCCAGCAACCCUGACCCCGGCUGAAGAAAUCAAAGCUAAAGGCUUGAGAGAGAAAUAUGGCUACAACGCCUAUCUGAGUGAGAAAAUCUCCUUGGAUAGAUCCAUCCCAGACUUCCGCCCAAGCAAAUGCAAGGAAGUGACUUAUCCUAGGAAUCUUCCUCAGAUUUCUCUCAUUUUCAUCUUUGUGAAUGAAGCCCUGUCCGUGAUCCUGCGUUCCGUCCACUCUGCUGUCAACCACACUCCAGCCCACCUCCUCAAGGAGAUUAUCCUGGUGGAUGACAACAGUGAGGACGAACAACUGAAGGGGCCGCUGGAGGAAUAUGUCAACAAGCGUUACCCUGGUUUGGUCAAGAUUGUCCGAAACCCCAAGAGAGAAGGACUGAUUCGCGCUCGUAUUGAGGGGUGGAAGGUUGCCACAGGGGAGGUUACUGGGUUCUUUGAUGCUCAUGUGGAGUUUACACCUGCAUGGGCUGAACCAGUUCUGUCAAGAAUUAAAGAGAACUACAAGCGGAUUAUUCUCCCUUCCAUUGAUAACAUCAAGCACGAUACAUUUGAACUGGAACGGUAUGAAAACUCUGGGCAUGGUUACAACUGGGAGCUUUGGUGUAUGUAUAUUAGCCCUCCGAAACAAUGGGUGGAUGCAGGAGAUACUUCAGCACCAAUCAGGACCCCUGCUAUGAUAGGUUGCUCCUUUGUGGUUAACCGGAGUUAUUUUGGGGAGCUGGGUUUACUUGACUCUGGUAUGGAUGUAUAUGGAGGAGAGAACAUAGAACUGGGCAUCAAGGUUUGGUUGUGUGGAGGAAGCAUGGAAGUGCUGCCAUGCUCUCGCGUCGCCCACAUGGCCAGGACUAAGAAACCAUAUCACAACAACAUCGGGUACUAUGCCAGAAGGAAUGCCCUCCGUGUGGCUGAGGUCUGGAUGGAUGACUACAAGUCUCAUGUGUACCUAGCGUGGAAUAUUCCCAUGGAGAAUCACGGGAUAGAUUAUGGAGAUAUCUCAGAAAGGGUAGCCCUAAGGAAGAGGCUCCAGUGUAAAAAGUUUGAGUGGUAUCUGAACAAUGUGUACCCGGAGCUGAGGAGAUACAAUAAUACCGUAUAUUAUGGGGAGAUUCGUAAUGACAAAGCCUCCCAUCUGUGUGUUGAUCAAGGACCCAAAGCAAAUCACACAGCUACUCUGCAUCCCUGUCAUGGGUGGAGUCCUCAACUUGGAAGGUACACUAAGGAGGGGUUCCUGUAUCUAGGCCCACUGGGAAGUAUAUGGGAAGAUACACGAUGUGUAGUAGAUGACAAAAUAAGCAGGUUCCCUCAGCUUCUGGACUGCGAGAAAAUCAGUCACCUUCAGCAGAAAACAUGGCAUUUCUCCCAGAACGAAGCAAUCGUUAAUAAGGAGACUGGUCGUUGUUUGGAAAUAACACCCGCCAAUGAGGGAUUUGGGUACUUGCUUGUUCUACAGCCCUGCACUGGCCAAAAGUGGACCAUCAAGAACUCUUUGAAGCACUUGUGACAGGAUAUCAACGCCCACUUUCUCUUCAAAAAAAGUAUUUUUCAUAUCGAGCAUGGAUCAUUUUUUCCCCAUAGACCUCCCACAACAGAUGUACAGAUUAAAAAAAAAUAAACGCCUACAAACUGUUGUAAUUUCUGAAUUCAUUCAUCAGAUUUCUAAUGAACAAGUACAAGUUCAUCACUUUUAAAUAGCCACAGCUAUUCUGAACACUGUCUGUGGGAGUGGUGAGAGAGAACUGGCAAAUGACGGGGAAACGUUCUGCAGGAGUUUUGCAGCUCCCUGACCCAGAAGACAAAGCCUACAAGUGUAUAGAAGGAUUUCUCAUUUCAGGAGAUUUUUCAUUAAAUUGAGAAUGGAAAUUUCCUGGCAAUUACUGGGUCAACAUCGACUGCUUGUUGGGGGCCUUUCUGCAUUUUUUUUAGAUUUCCCCUAUCUCCCAGACAGGGGGCGCUGUGGAGUGCUGAUUUGCUGGGCAUUUGUGCAGCCUGUCCCAUUGAUUGAGGUAUCGAUCUUUCAAAUCAAUUCAAGAAAUGAGGAGCUGAUUGUUGUGAAAUUUUCCAGGGGAGUGGUUUGGAGAAGCUUAAGACUGAACAGCUCUAGUCUAAUGCUGUUGUUCCAUUAACCAGUUAGGUCUUUAGCCUAGACAGUAGGGUAAUUUAGGUAUGCUAAUAUUCACACACUCUUGAGAAUUCUUACUUCCUCCCUGACCUCCUGGCAUUUAUUCUAGCUUUGGGAUUGUUAGAGGCAAAUUAAAGAAUUCCAUUUUCAACCUGAUUCAGUCGAGCAAUUAAUGCUUUCCAAAGAUUUCCUUUUGAGUUCUUCGGGGACAGGGCUGCUGUGACUUUUCUUUAACUUGUAUGUUCAGGGCUGUAGAAUUAAAACAAUUGCAGAAUACAGAUUUUCCUACAUUGAUGACAGGUGGGAAAGGAACUGAAACUUCAAUCUGAAUCGACCACUCAAUGGAAAGAAUCUGUGGGAUUGUGUCGGGCUGGGACUGUUCAAUGCUUUGAUCAAUGGUUACAAGCCUUUUCUCAACUCGUUUGCCUGGAAAUUCUCCUAAAUGCUCUUUCUAACCAGAGCAUUUUGAAGGCAGAAGAUAAACGGUUGAUCAGGAGAGAGCAAAGGAAAGUCUCUGCAAGUUCUCGGAUAGGUGGUCUCUCAAUAUGAUCAAUGUGGGGGGGUUUUCAGAAGGAGACAUAUCUAUUAUAAGGCUUACUGGGUCAAAUACUGUAAACCUUCAGCUCUGGACAGUUGACGCGUGCCACUGGAGCAGUUGAUUCAAGUGGUAAAAAAAAAUCUUCAAGAGAACUGAUAGACUCAAAACGUCUCCACAAACAAGGUGGAAAAAAAACUGAAAACAGAAAUUGUGCUAUUUGGAAAGCUGAUGACCUCUCUUUCUGAAUUGAAAAGCGAGAUACUUUAAAAUAAUGUAUCAAACAUGGAGUCUAUUUUUUCUUCCAUGAUCUAGAUGUUCUAGAUUUCUUGACCAGCAAGCGUACAGUGUAGUGUAUUAAAAUCCACCAAGGAACUAUUUUAUAUGCAGCACUUAUGUGUACUCAUUGUACACGUACUGGUUGCAUUAUUUGAAAGCAAUAACUACUUGCCGAUGAAGGCCAUUCUUGACACAUUGCUGUAUUUGUCUCUUAACACCAGAGUUUUCAACCCAUUGGUCCACGGACAGCUCUGAUGUAACAUUACUUAUUAAAUUGUGGUCUUGCUCUGAACUGCUUUUUAGCCUAAGCACUCCCCAGAGGAGGAGAGCCUUAAGGAUCUGGUCCCUGGUCCAAGAAAGGUUGAGAAACACUGGCUUAGAAGAGAUCUAAGAUGUCUUAGGAGGUGAAUGCUUUACAACUCUGUCCUUUUCUUGGGUCUAAUAAAACAGGUUUUAUCUGGAGGUGACAAGUAUUGAAGUCCAUCAACAGCAUUAAUUCUAUGGAUUUAAAUGUAUUGAAUAAAAUCUAAAAAAUGUAGAUCUGUGAUUAUAAUUUUAAAAUUUUAUUUGAAAUACUUCUCAGCCUAUUUGAUUUUAAUGAUUGUUGUGGUACUGUAUGCAUUACUCAAGGUGACUAUUACAUUAGAUUCUGUUUUAGAAAGUGAUCUUCAGUUUCAGCAGUUGCUAAUUAAUUGCAGACAAAAAGCUCUGUGCCAUUGGACUACUUUUACAUCCAAGCAUUUAGGGUCAGAUUAACUGCCUCGUCACUGUCAUUCUUGCUAGUGUUGCUGUCACAGGUCUUGAGCCCUUGGCUUGAUUCCAGAUGGGUCCUUUUAUGCAUCAAGCAUGGGUCAUCUUUAUUUUCUCCAGACCCUCUACAAGAGAUGUACAGAUGUGUGUUCUGUGUGCAAACUGUGGCACGGAGUUUGCAUGUUCACAUGGGUUUUUCCAGGUGAUCCCAUGUGCCAAAGACAUGCUGGCUAGUCUAACUGAUGUCUCUAAAUUGUCCCUGUGUGCAUGUGUGUGACCUGAAAUGGACUGUCAUUCUAUCCAGGAUGUAGUCCCACAUUGUGCCCUAUCUGGGAUAGGUCUGGAGUUGUUGAGACCCUAAGCAGGAAUAAAUGGCUUUUUAAUAAUCGACAUAUUAACACAAAAACUGAUAAUAUUUCCUUCAAUAUAAGAUAUGAACAGUUUCAAAUAUUGUUCAAGCUGAGAGAAUUAUGAUCAAAUAAUAGUUUGGUUCCUUUUUAAAAGUGACAGAGGAAAAGCCAAAAUCUUCUUCAUGUUAAUAGUAGAAUCCAAUUCCAGGUGGUCUCCCAUUAUACAGCAUUUAUAACAAUUGUCACAGCACAGUCACAGUUUUUGCUGCAAGGGAACAAUUUUCAAUGCUAAAAAUGUUUUAAUGUAAUGAAUAUAAAUCAAGAGAAUGAAAAAAAUAAAAUACUCAAAGCUGUACUAUUAACAGCUAUUAAACAAAAUACUUAAAACUAUUACUACCACUAUAACCGACAAUAACUAAUGAGGACGGUAGCAAACAAAGCUCAGGGAGAUCAUAACUGGAUCGAAACCAACUGACACUAUCAGAUUUUUUCAUUUGAAUUUAAUGAACCAUAUAAAAGAGGUGAUGUUUAAAAAUUAAAUUUACAAUAUUGUUGCAAAAACGGAAAAAAAACAAACACAUUUAUACUGUUUUUUGCUCUAUGGUCCAUACAUAAAUAUAUAUUUUUAAAACACCGAUAUACUGUAUAUUAAGGUUCUUGUAACUUUCCUGUCUUAUGUGUGCAAAAGCUUUGCCAACUUCAAUAUUUCUAGCGUUUCUGUUAUAUUAGAAAAAGACAUAGAUCUAAAUGUUGCUUUGCCAGUAACUGUUUAUAAAGCCUGAAUUUUCAUUUUUUAAUAUUUUCUCCUAAAUGUUUUAAGACUUUCUGUUCUGUUGCAAGAAUUGCUGAAAUGCUUUUUGAGAUGUAGAAUAAUCACCACAGAAGAAGCUUUACGAGCUUUUUCUCUAGAAUAACUAGACUCAAAGAAGUAUGAUGGGCUCUUCAGCUUCCUAGUAAAAGACACAGACAGCAACGCCCUUUCAGGUACUAAAAAACUGUAUUAUUUUAGGAUUUGUUUAGCUAACUUUAGUGGGUUGUGUUAUUAUUGUAAAUGUGUAGUACUAAAGAGUGCAUCAGGUUGUGGUUUAUAUUUGUCAAACUUGUCUUCCAAAAGAAUAAAGGACUUAUGAUUAA